AUGACGUUUUCAGAGUUAAUAGAUAAGUUGAAGGGAGAGCUAAAACUACUUGUUUCGUCUGUUAAGGAUGCGAGGUGGAUCGAAGAUUAUAAUGAAAAAACAAGAGAAGUUACUUACGUUGGAAUUCGGGAAGUGUUGUUAAAAUCAUUAAAUAAUUCUUCUAAUGAAUUGGGAUCUAAAUUUUUUGAUCAGGCAUUGAAUCUCUGUAAAGUCAGAAAUAUCCCAUUCUAUGGCAUGACAAAACUUCCACAUAAUGGAAAUUAUGCAAUGGUUAAUAGCAAUAAUUCGCAGCCGAGGCGAGAGAGACAUCCAUUGGCAUAUCACAUAAGCAGAAUAUUAGAUGAUGUUACUGGCCUUGAUAUUACUUUACCAACUGAAGGCGUCAAUUCAAAAAAAGAUACAAAUAAAGGAAAGAAUCCGGAAAAGAAUGAUGAUGAAGUUGAAGCGAGUACACUUGUGAAGUUUCUGGAUUUUUGUGACAGAGCAUUUAGUAAGGGCAAUUAUAUACGUUACGCGGCUGAAAAACGGUUUUUAAGUGAAUACAUUAAAAAAACAUUUGAAGAUGCAGACAAGGUUCCAGUUGAACUAUCCGAACCAACAGAGAUUCACCCAAAAGCUGUUUACUUUAGCAGUCAAUUAGAAUACAAAGGACUUCCUAAAUCAAGAAAUUCAAAGCCAUUUUUCAUGGACUCCGGUCUAACUGAUUUAGAGGUUCCCAAUAUUUAG